AUGUCUCCUUCUCACGAAAUCACGAGGACCAGGAGAAGAGGAUACCGGUGGCGAAGAAUGCCAACUAUCCCUCUCUAUGGCUCUUCUUCACAGCAGCGUCACUCCGAGAAUAUACCGCUGGAUGCCGAUCACCCAACGCAGACGGCCACUUUGCCGGCUUCCACCUCUGAAGAUACAACAGUCCGGCAACUUGAAGCAAGCAUGAAAAGGUUCGAGCAACAAGCAGGCGAUGCAGAAGUUCUUAGGCUCAUUAUGCUACAGAAUCAGCAUGCUGUAGGUCAUCAUCACUCUAGCCAUCGCUUCAUGCUUUUAAUUGCGGAUAACUUCAGCACUCAGACGGUGGAUACUGGCUUAAAGCGGUUCGACCAAAAGCUGCAGGAAUGGGUCUCGAAGUUGCAAGUGGUCAUUGAGCGGGACGCGAAGAGUGGCCAGCAGGACUUUUAUGAUCCUACACUUGUUGGCAUGGAGCCUUCCGAUUUCGUACUUGAGUAG